AUGAAGGUCAGCGGUCAUACCUCUGGAGACACCGUUGUUGGGGUGGUGGUGACGUUCACUGUUGUUGCCACUCUCUGCACCAUCUUGAGGCUGUGGACCCGGAUCUUCAUCGUCCGUAGCCCUGGCUGGGACGACCUAUGCAUCACUGCCUCAGCGUUUCUGACGUGCAUGCUCUCAGCAUGUAUGGUUGAGCAAGUCAAGUAUGGCAUGGGAAGACAUGGUUCGAGCCUCACUGCAGAUGACAAGACACGGUCCCUGAUAUGGUUCUGGAUAUCGAUAUGGGUCUACUAUCUAGGACUUGGUUUUGCAAAACUCAGCAUCCUCUUGCAGUAUAUGCGAAUCUUUGAGAACAUACCGAAGUUCAAGAUCGCAUGCUAUACGGUCAUCGCAGUCGUGGCCAUCUUCACGCUGUGGACUUUCUUCACGGCAAUGUUCCUUUGUCAGCCGAUUCAUCACUUCUGGAACCCAGAUGGCCAUGGCAAAUGCUUGAACAAGUUGGUAUUGUGGUUCUUCAACUCGAGUUUCAACAUCGUGACGGACAUCGCAACGGCUAUUCUCCCAUUGCCUGUGCUGAAGAGUCUGAAUCUGCCAAAGAAGCAGCGAUACAUGCUGAUGGGUGUGCUCUCGCUCGGAGGCGCAGUUUGUGUGAUCUCGAUUGUACGAUUCCACUCCCUUUAUGCCAUUGCCAUCUCAAAAGACCCAAGCUGGGACAAUCCACUCGCAGCUCUCUGGGCAACCCUUGAAGUGAACGUUGGCAUCAUCGCCAGCUGUCUACCCACGCUGAAAGGGCUCUGCGUCCGAUACUUCCCCAAGCUCCUUUCCAUCACGGCACCUUCACAAGAACCAACGCCCAUCUUCGAGCUCAGUGGUCCAGGAAAAUCCGAUGCGAGCUGUUCAGCGAGUCGAAGCCAGACUCAUCGAUGGAAGCAUGGGCCAAUGUCUCGGCUCGGUCGCCGGUUUGGAGGCGUACGCAUUCAAGAGAUUGACAAUGAAAGCCAGCGGUCGCAGAAUGAUCAUAUCAGCAGUCCGGUGGAUAUCAAAGAUGGCAUCAAGGUCACUACGGUUGUUGAGCAGGUGGAACGCCGGAAAGAAGACAGGAGGCAGUCGGAGGAGAGUCGAGAGAACCUUGUGCCGAUGACGCCGAGGGAGAGGACUUGA